AUGACUGUCUCAAAGCCAGCCUCCAAGGUCCUUGCAGGGGGAACUACUAUCAGCAGCAAUGUUCCACCUCCACCCAUACCUAUCAGUAUUCCUGAUGAUGAAGGCUUGAAAGUGUCUGACGAGGACGAUGAACUGCUCGCAAAGCCUCUUUCUCAUUUGACAAGUGAAAAGGCUUUAACGACUCUUCAGCAGUUGUCGGAAUGGUGCAAUACCCUCAGCAAUGUGGCCCUCACCGUACUCACAAAAUUUAUGACUUUGCAGGAUGAUCUCAAGACUGAUCAGGACCAUAAAGAUUUCACAUUGGCCUUGCUCAAAAAGCUCAGCUUCUUGUUUGGGAACAUUACAGAGGAUGGACAGAUGUCCAACCCGUUCCAGUCUGAUCUCAUUAUUCAGGUCCUCGUUCAGCACAAGUGCGCCACCUCUGGCGCUGUCAGCCUGCUGGGAAUGAGUCAUACAGUGUCGGGGCAUUCGAAGGGCACCCUUGCUCUUGCCACAGCCACGGCAUGUGUUUUAUACUCUCUCCUCAUAUUGCUAACUCAUGUUCACGUGUUUCAGAUGGAACGUGCCAUCAGGCUUUUCGCCAAUGAACAUAUACUCCUUAGCAACAUCGAUGCUGCUGGCAAUGGCAAGCAGAGUAGUGUCCCCCUGGCAUUUUCAGAUGUCAAUUGGGGUGCGCACACCAGGUCCUACAUGACAUCUAUCAAUCACCUUCCAGACUCGGUCAUUCUCCAAAACUCAGAGCUCGCACAGGCCCUAGCAGUGAAGAGGCGUGGUACUUGGAUGGAUGUCGACAAAGAAUCUGAGGAUGAGCGAGCACUCAUUUGUUAG